AAAUGUAGGAAGAAAUCCACUGCACAAGAAGCUCUCUGAAGAGGGGAGAUGAGGUUAACGGCUUUUAUUUCAACAGAAUAAGUACACAAGUAACCUGUGACCUCACCACUAGAUGCCACUACAUCCAACAAGCUAAAUCUUCAAAAGAUUCCUGAACCAUCUUCAUCUGAUGAACAAGGCCAGAGAGGCCUUCUUGAAACAUACUGGCAACAUAGUAUUCCUACAAACCAAACCAACAAAGAAACUGAUGAAAGUACUGUAAAAGACAAGUUUGUUCAGACUCCCAACAAGAUAAAAUGGCAAGUCUAACCUAUCAACUGUUGUCACUUACAGUUGUUCUCAGUGCUGUUCGACUCGUCAGUGGUUACAGCUUCCACAACUGCAUCGAAGACGCAAACUCAUAUAGAAAAAGUUUCAAAUGUGCCCGUCGGAAGGAAAGUAACCUGCCUGCUAUCAUAAAAGACCUGCCGCAAUCUGCUGUAAAUCUCACCAUCACCAGUAACCCCAUGUGGCACAUUCCCAGAAUGAGCUUUGCUAAUCUGACGAACCUUCAACACCUCUGUAUAGAUCACAAUCACUUGAGGAUCAUUGAUCAAUUUGCUUUCCACAACUUGCAUCAACUCAAGUCGCUAAAUUUGUCCUUUAACAACAUAUCAGAGCUCAGCACUUCUGUGUUCAAUGACCUGCCCAGCCUCACCUUUCUCUCGCUGACAAACAACACGCUAAAACAGUUCCCUGAGAGCAUUUUCUCCACUCUUCUCAAUCUGACCACCUUAAUCAUGAGGGAAAAUUUUCUGACAAAUUUUACAGGGAUUGCUAAGUCUGUGUCACAUCUAACAAAGCUGGCGGUAUUAGAUCUUUGCUUUAACAAUCUCACCUCUCUGAGCCACUCAAAUGUGUCACUACCCAAAUCCCUCACUACAUUGUACAUAUGUAGAAAUAAUCUGUUGACAUUAGGAUGCAAGCAUUCGUUUCUUAGCUUCAUUCAGCGGCUAGAUUUGUCAUACAAUCCAGGGCUCCCUACCAUGGCUUUUCAAGGCGUCGAUUUAAGGCGUAUAAACUAUCUGCGUUUGCGUUCUACAAAUGUCAAGAUAGUGGAGUUUUUAAACAUCAGCAAUGUCAACGCAGGUCACGUUGAUUUCUCUGACACGGGCCUAAAAAAUGACAGCCUGCUCAUGAAAUUAUGCAUGUUGCUACAGAGAAAAGUAAAAUGGAUUAAACGAUUAGGCCUGGGUGAUAACGGGAUUGAGAGUAUAACAAACUACACAUUGUACCAUUGUCCUAAAAUCACAGGGGUUUUGGAUCUAUCCCGCAACAACCUGAAAAGCACAAACUGUCUUGACUUUCUUAAAAAUCAGACACAAAUAAAAAACAUCACUUUAGAGCAUAACCAUCACACCACCCUCAAAACCUGUAAAACAAAAGAGAUGAUUUAUCUAAAAAGCAUAGAAGAGCUGAGCUAUCGUUACAACCGCAUCCUCUCAGUCGACGCUUACGCUUUCUAUCAUACACCGAAUAUCAAGACGCUAAAGCUCAACAUAAACACAAUUGCUUUUCUCCAUCGUCAGGCUCUCAAAGGGCUGACAAAGCUCGAGAUGCUCCGUCUGGACAAUAACCUCUUGACCGAUUUGUUCAAUGACACCUUUGAAAAUAAUGCCAACCUGCAAAUCCUUAACCUACGCAACAAUCGUAUUUCUGUAAUUUUUAAUGGAACCUUCCUCAGUCUUGGAAAUCUGACUACACUGGACCUAGGAGGUAAUAAGAUCACUCAUUUUGAGCCAUCUGGCCUUGAUGGACUAACAAGUCUGUCCAAAUUCUAUCUAGAUGGAAACAACCUCAAAAAGAUUGACACAUCCCUCUAUCAUGUGUUUCAAGACACACUAACAGUUCUGGAUUUACAAAGUAACUUGAUUACCAUCUCAAAUGAAGAGAGCAGUUCACCAUUUAUGAAUCUCAGUAAACUCAGUGAUCUGAAAUUGGAUGGGCAACGGCCACAUGGCAUUGCCGUUUUACCCCGACAUUUUUUCCGUGGCCUCCACUCGCUGAAAUUUCUGUAUCUCACCAAUAAUAACAUUAAUUAUCUUGCUCCUGAUGCCUUUGAUGAUCUGACAGGCUUAAAUUUCCUCUCACUGGAUUACUGCUGUGUUGGGGUGACAAAAUUGCAACCAGGAGUUUUUAAAAAUCUAAGAAAUUUAACCAUCUUGACUGUAGAAAACAUGGGUAUUCAGAACUUCUCGAAGGACGUUUUUGGUAAUCUAACAAGGUUAUACAAACUGCAACUUAACCGCAACGUGAUGCAGAGCAUUGAAGUCGAAGCACUAAAAAGUUUACGUGAACUCCACUACCUUGACAUACGUAAUACUCCUUUAAGCUGCACCUGCGAGAACAACUUGCUCCAAAACUGGACAGUGAAUGACCCACAUGUCCACGUGGUCUAUCUGUACAAUAUGCCAUGCCCACAUGACGGCAAACAAAAAUUCUACAACUUUGCCACCAACGUUUGUUACAUAGAUCUAGGAGAGUACCUGUUCUUGAGCACAGCAGUUGUGAUUUUUCUGUUCACGGUCACUCCUCUACUUUAUGUCAAACUCUACUGGAAAAUGAAGUAUGGCUACUAUGUGUUCCGCUCCUGGUUUGGCGAGCAUUGGCGCAGGAUAAGAGAGCAGGAGGAAAACUGUAAAUAUGAUGCAUUUAUUUCCUACAAUUCCUCUGAUGAACAAUGGGUCAUAGAGCAGUUACUGCCAAACCUGGAGGGAAAUGGAUCAUCUUUUAAACUUUGCCUCCAUCACAGGGACUUUGAGCCAGGCCGCAAUAUUGUGGACAACAUCGUCUCUGCUGUAUACAGCAGCCGGAAAACUAUUUGUGUGGUGAGCAGGAACUUCCUACGAAGUGAGUGGUGUUCUCUGGAAAUCCAACUGGCCAGCUACCGACUCUUCGAUGAGCACCGGGAUGUUCUCCUGCUCGUGUUUCUGGAGCCGAUUUCUGAGAGGCAGGUGUCAUCCUAUCAUCGCAUGAGAAAAGUCAUGUUGAAAAAGACGUAUCUGCAGUGGCCUGGCUCAGACUGCACUGAUCCGACGCAAGCCCAAGAAAUGUUUUGGAGUAAGCUACGUAGAGCGAUGAGAACAGGGAGCCGACUCGAAACAGAACAUUUUGAGACUCACACGAUGGAUGAAAACAAUUACUUGCAACCAUAAAAAGAUCUAACAUUUUUGUAUACCAUUGUCAGGACACGCAUCUGAGUAUUUAAAAAGAAUAAUCACAUUAUCUGCUGCAGGGAAAGGGUCAUUAAAGAAAUAUUUCACUGAUAUAAGGAAGGGCCUCAUAUAAAACUAGGCUGUCUGUGCAGUAGAAAGAUGCAAAUACUUUUGAAAUUAGUGCCACAUGAUGAGAGAAAAAAGAGAAAAUGGACUGUAGCACUCAGUUUUGCUAAAGAAGUAGAAAACCUGUAACUACCAGACUACGCUGCACUGAACAGGACCAAUAAAUGCUCCUGCUGGUAGGUGACAUGAUGCACGGUUGUCCAUUCAACACAAAGACGUUCAGCUUAUAAUAUCGUGUAUUAAAGUUAAACAGGGAGCUAAAAAUCUUUAUUUACAAUCAACAAUCAAUGCCUGGCUUUAUUGUUUGAUUGGAUUUUGGGCCAAGUCUGAGAGAGAGAGCGUGAGACAGAGACAGAAAGCGAGAGAGAGAAAAGCAACUUUGAAUUUGAGAGAGAAAGACAUGUCUCUUGAUCUGCUUCUAUACUCUUUGUGUCCACAGUGGCAUGAUGGGAAGCGGGCAAUACAAAAAUGCGCAAGUACAGCCUGUAGUUUAAGCAACAGCCUGAGAGCCAGUGAUGACGUAUCUUACAUCAUCUGGCAGAGUUUCUCAGGAGGGGGAGGAUGGAUAUCUAGGCACUGGUUGGAUUGAGGGGAAUUUACCACAGUUUAUCUACACAUACUACUCACAUUGUUAUGAUACAAAGCUGGUUGAGAAUCAAUGAAGUAUCCCUUAAAUAUAUGAUGUAAAUAUGUGGUGUGAUGCAUUGUUAAACUAAUACUGACAUAAAUCAUACAAGCAUGAAUCAGAAAUGUCAGGUAAGAUACUGUACUUAUUUUUAUUUUAUAUUUAGCAAUGCUUGACAAUGCAUGUGUUUCUUAUAAUUGCACAGAUGUAUUUGAAUUUCCCAUUGUAACACCUGUCCUUAAGAAGAUGUGUGUACAGUUCUGCAUAA